ACGUGUGGUGAUAUAAGAGCCGGCGGUGACACGGCCACGGCACAGUACUCGGACCACGCGACAGGACAGGACGGGACAGAGCGGUGCCGUGAGGAGCCCCCGCACAGCGCACUCGUUCCUGUCUGGCCUGGAGCUUUUCUGAGUUACUCCUGCAGCUGACUUCGCAGCCAGACUGCAGGACUGUUUGCCACACAGCUUUCCCAAGGCAUCUCUGUUCAAGGUGCACUCCAGGCCAGACUCUGGCAUGGCGGGCAGAUGUCUCAACCUCUCUAAAUUGCUCAGUAGAAUAAGAAGGAGAGGACUGAGAGUGGACCCAGCUCAACAGCCUGAAGAGCCAGAGCAGUUCCAGCCAAUGCAGGAUGGUGCAGCCAUGGACCGCACAGAAGGGCAGGACCCCACCCGUGGCCGCUUCCGCAGAGCACUGAAGAUGUUCUGGAAGUUUGUGCCCCUUCGACAUAGAAAGGCCAGGAGAGGAACAGAGGGCACAGCUGAGCCUGACUCCAGGCUGACUGAGCUCCAGACAGAGCCUGAUGUCAGCCCAGAUUUGCCUGAGUCUUUGAGGCCAGCACAGCGUGGCAGGAAAGGAAGCAGUUCUCAAGGGAAGCUUGGACAGCCCUCCAAGUCUUCGCCAUGCCUCCCCCAGGUGCCAGCCAUGGUGAAAAGCAUUCACCAGAGACUGACAUCCCAGGGCACUUUAGAUGCCAAGCUGCACACUGACAUUCUGAGGCUGGCUGGAGAACACCCUGCUGACGUGGUGCUGACCCUCCUGCGCUGUGCCCCAACUUGUGACAGAGCUGCUGCAACGAUGUGGAGAGCCAUAGGCACAUCGGGACCUACAGUGGAGAAGGUGUUGCCAACUCUGCUCUGUGUGAUGGAGGAUUGGCCUCUGCACAGCAUGUUCACCUCGGAUGGGGAUGACACCCAUGUUUUUGUACUGGCUGCAACUCUGGUGCUCUGGGUGAUGGUCCAGCUGCCAAAGGGCCAGAAGGCCAUGAGGAUGCAUGCUUCCGAACCUCUGUAUAUGGCUCUGCUCAUGCAAGAUUUCAUCACCUCACAGCCAAUGCCAAAGGACGUUGAUAAAUUCUGGAGAGCAUGCCAGGAGCAACACCGCCUUCCCAGGAAGCCAAACAGGUUAGCCUUGCAGACCAUGCAGGCUCUGCUGACAAGCAGCACUAAGCCGUGGGACGGCUGGCCAGGGAUGGCCGGGCGGUACCAGAGGGGGACGAAGGACGAGCUGCAGGUGCUCAGAGAGGCCCUGAGCAAGACAACAGCCUUUCCCAUGUAAGCACAGUAGCUCAACUUGCAUUCAACCAAAGAGCUGCAGAACUACGUUCUCCUGAUGGCCCAGACAAAGCUGUGUCCCUUUAAGACCUCCAGGUGCCACGGAAGAGGAGACCACCUGGAGACCAGAGACCAGCUGGAGCUCCAGGCAGAGCUGAUGAUUGUCACAGCUCUUGUGGCUUCAGCCCCCUCCCUGCCUGCUCUCUCCCUCCAGCCUUCAGACCCUGACCAUCCCCUUUUUUCCUCCCCAGCUCAUCCCUUUGCUUUGCAUCACAUCAAUAAACAGUUUGGCUUCUUCACUUUGCCUGCAUCUCUGUGGAGCUAAAGCAGCACAAAUCCAGAGCCCUGGGAUUCACAGGCCCCUCCUGCCGUUCUCUUCCACGCCGUGUUUUGAGCAGAGAUGCAGAGGAACGAGGGCAGAUCAGGCUGGAGAGGUGUCUGUGCUGAAGCUCCGGUUCCACAACACUGUGGAGUCCAAGGUCUUGCUGAGCACCCUGAAGCCCCUGGAUUUUAGAAGAGCCAAGCUGUGUAUGCUCUGAACCCAGCUGGGAGGGAUUCCAUGGCAAGUACUCAUGGAGGGCAAAGGAGCUUGGAAUGCUGGAAGGGUUCAAGAAUAGCUUCCUGAAAGCACAGCAAUGCUCCAUCCCUGCACAGGGUCAGGAAGAGGGCAGAACCAGAGAGCACCAGGGCUUCACAGAGAGCUUUGGGUGUUCCAGAGAGCAAAUGAAGCAGCAGCACAGUGCCCGAGACUUGGGCGCGUGACCGUGCCAGUGUCCGGAGCGCUGCCAGGCAGUGCCGGGAUCCUGGGUGCGGAUCUGGUCCCCACAAGUGAGGAAUGGCAGCCCCUGCCUCAGAGCCAGUCAGAAAGCCAAGCAAGUGGGACCAGAGGGAGGGCACCCUUCCAGUGUCUGGGGCAUGGCUGCAAAACAGCCCCUGCUUCUUCUUCCUCCGCCUGUGCUUGGCGUGUGCUGGUGGCAGAGCCAGCCAGGUUGUGCUCUGUGUGCCAAAGCCUGUUCAUAGCGAGCAUGAAAAGUGCUGCGUGCCCAGCGCAGAGUCCUGGAAGGUGCUGGCAAGAGCAUCCUGCAGGAGCAGGGCCUGGUCUCUGGCUGGGAACAGCCUGGUUUUGCUGCCGUGACCGCAGGCAGGAGUGUAGGCAGGUGAAGAGGCAGCGGGCAGCUUGUGUUUGCAGAGGGCCUGGAGCUGCACAUCUGAACCUGCACCUGGAAACACACUUGGGGGAGCACUAGCUGGAGCUGGAGUGCCUGUUCUGGAAGCAGUUUGUGCAGGCAGGGCGUGCAGGCAGGGUUGCAGGUUUCCUGCUGCUAUUGGGGUUUCUAGUUUGUUUGUUGUGUUUCUGUUGGUUGGUGAGUGUGGGCAUUUUUCUCCAAAGUUAUCACAUUCCACGGGGACUCUUUCUUAUUCCGAAUGAGGCAGAAAAAUGGGACUUCUAGUUUCUUAGAAAGUGCCAUUUAUUUUCUUAUCUUCUACAGAAAACAUGAGUUCUUGUAACAGCUGUUGGAAGCGUGACCAGAAGUCACUCGACUUACGGCUACAAGAUGUUUUAAGGACUUAUUAACCAAUAAAACACUGCC